UCGAUUAACACAUCAGAAUUAGCAGAGUGGGAAAAAAACAACUAUUUGAGCAUUCAACAGAAACCAAUUCAGUGCAAACGAGUUUACAAAAAAUGCAAAUUAUGUUUGGAACAAUUUUAUGUGUUUUAUUGAAAGAUUUAGUACUGACAAAGGCAACUAUCACGCCAAAGGACUAUACUUCAAACAUCCAGGAAGAAAGAGUUCCCAUGUGUCCAGAUUUAAAUUUCACUCAGGAUAUUUCAACGUCCGAGAAAAAUGAUCAUCAUAUAUUAAAUUUCAAAUAUGACCGGAGUCAUUCUGAUAGUACUGUGAGAAAUGAGCGAGAUGUCGAUAAAGUUACACUUGCAAAUAUUUCUAUUAUCCCAGAAUCUAUUGAAAGCAGUUUGAGCAAGCCAACAUCUCUUAGAGCAUUUGUACAAUUCGACAAUCAAUUUACAGAAAAAGUAAACGACAUUUUUGUGACAUUGAGAUGGAACCAACCUGAAUUUAUCGAUGAAAUAAUACAAGGGUAUACAGUGCAAUGUUUUCUCAUCGAGGACUUAAAAGAGAUUCAAAUUUGCGACGAUAAAAAUAUCACAACUUCAAAAUUGGAACAGACGAUGCACAAUCUAACAUCUAACACGACAUAUUAUUUUCGAGUACGUGCGCAUACUAAAAUUUUUGCUGGUCCUUACACGGAUUUAAUCAAUGUGUCGACUACACAUGAAAAUCCAAUACCUAAAUUAUUAGUCACAUCGAGAAAAGGUAUCCACAUUUUGGACGUGGAUUUAAACAUUACUAAUUUCGUAAUGUCAGAAUCAGUAACACAUGCCGCUUAUUCGAUACAGGAUCAUAGAAUUUAUUGGCUAACACGAAGUGACCUAAUGACAUUGAAGAUUAAUGAAAAUAAUAUCACAAAAAUAGCUAGCUUUGAUAAUUAUCCAUAUAAUCUCUGCAUUGACUGGGUAGCUAGAAAUCUAUAUAUAACGUCUCAAGACUUAGACUACUUUUAUAUUGUAAAGUUCGAUUUAACAAUGUGGGAAAAUGGCAUAAUUAAAUUUGAUGAGAUUUUUAAAUCAAAAAAUUAUAUUCUCCGUUUCAGUGUAUCACCGUCUAUGGGAACUUUAUAUUACGUUUCAUACAAUUGGACGCAUACAGAAUAUGAUAUAAUGAAAUAUCAUCUUGAUGGAAAAAUCGAGCAAAUUAUUCGAAUAAAUACAUCUUUUUGUCUACUUCAUUAUUUAAUCAAUUCUGUUCGUGAUAUGAUAAUUGAUAACAUGAAUAAUGAGGAGCCAUUAAUUUACUGGUUAAGUGACAUUUACAUAAUUGUAACAGACACUAACAUUUCUAAGUGUAAUGCGAUUUUACACAAAAAACACUUAAGUGUAAGAGACACCUUUUACUUCCAAUCUAUGACGAUUGACAAAACCAACAUUUACAUAUUAGUAAAUGAUCCAUAUAUACUCUAUCCAUAUAUACUCUACGUUUUGAAAAAGAAAUAUGCAAGUCUCACGAGCGUAAAUGCAGCCGAAUAUGUUGAAAAGAUAAUAAUAAAAGAUUAUAAUUUUGAUGUGGCAGCAGGAUCAUACAACAUCGAUGUGAAGUUUCCGGAGCCGGUUGUAAAGAGUGGAUGCAAAAAAUAUAAUUUACCAACUACUAUAUAUAAUAUCUCCGUAAGCUGUUUAGACUACAACCUCAACAAGUCUGAGAAAUUUAAUAUGCAGACGUUCGAGAGAUUUUACACGAUUUGGAACUUAAUACCCUUUACAGAGUACAAGUUGAAGUAUACUUUAAGCAAUUUUUACUUUGAUCAAUUAUCAAUAAAUCCAAUCAAUUCGUAUGUAAUAAUAAAACAAACUUCUUGGGUCAAGUUUUAUAAGUUUAAUGCACCAGAAAACGUAAGUGUUCUAGCUUUGACGCCUACUAUGGCAGUAGUUCAUUGGAUGCCACACAAGAAAGUGAACUGCAUGGACGUGAUCUACGAUGUGCAUUGGAAGUCAAUUACAUUAGUGAACGGCACGCAACAAAAGAGCAAACAAUUGAUCAAUAUGCCGAAACAUAUGGCAGACGGCAGACUUUUCACAAAGAUUAAUUUAUCGUUACCGGUAGAAGAUUAUUUGAUAUACGUGGGUCUGUCUCCAAUGCUUGAAAAAGCUUAUUACAAAAAGAGUUUAAGCAAGAUCGUUCACAUAUACUCAGAACCAAACAAUAUUACUUUGAGCGAGGUCGAAAUAAAUAGCAUGGACAUUUCAUGGAUCUCAAACAUCAAUCUGACGGUUCCUCCUACACUAGAGUACAAAGAGAAUGCAACAGAAAAGUGGCAAACAACGAAUUAUAUUAAAAUGAAUUAUAACAAAGAAAUAAUAUACCAUAUCGAAAAUUUACAAUCCAGAACUUUAUACAAGUUUCGCUUGAUAUUGAGAUAUCCUGAAUAUGAAGAAAAUUUUACAUGGCCAGCUGAUGAAAGAUUUAUAUUUUCAACACUUGAUAUUCCGGAUACUCCAGGUAUAAUAGCAAAACGAUAUUACUUAUUACUGAUGUUAAGUUUUAUCGUUAUAGUUACUGUAAUCUGCGUUUGUUACAUUUAUUAUUUAUAUCGUCAACGCGGAAGUAAUAAUGAACAAUUUUUGUCUUCAACAAUGAGUGAUAUAGAAUUGGCGAUUCUACGUGAAGCACCUUACCGAAACGCGCAAUUCUAUAUGAUUUACAAUCCUAUGUUAUAUUGUAAUCCGGAUGAAUUUGGGAUAACUAAAAUCGCACGUAAUCAAAUUACAUUUACAAAACUUAUUGGUAGCGGCGCAUUCGGAAAGGUGUUUCAAGGAAAGGUGAAGAACUUAGAAGGAUCGAGCACAGAGAUAUCCGUUGCAAUAAAAACGCUUCGGAAAGAUGCUUCUUCCCGUGAGAAAAAGAAUUUAUUAAAGGAAGCCAAGCUUAUGAAUCAUUUUCGACAUAAACAUAUAUUAAGAUUGUUGGCUGUUUGCUUAGAUGGGGAUUCUCCGUUACUAGUGUUGGAAUUGAUGGAAACUGGUGAUCUGUUAAAAUAUUUGAGAGAUUGUCGAAAUUUGCAAGCAUCAGAUUCGCCUGCUCUGCGUUUGCAGGAUUUGCUCGCCAUGUGCGAAGAUGUUGCGCGAGGUUGUUGCUACUUGGAAGAGUUGCGUUUCGUACAUAGAGAUCUAGCAUGUCGUAAUUGUUUAGUAUCUUCGAAAAAUCGCGAGAAUCGUGUCAUCAAAAUUGGAGAUUUUGGACUAGCUAGAGAUAUCUACAAGGAUGAUUAUUAUCGCGUGAAAGGACAAGGUUUGCUUCCUAUUCGCUGGAUGGCACCCGAAUCUUUGAUGAUUAGAAUAUUUACUUCUCAAAGCGAUGUUUGGUCAUUUGGGAUAUUAAUGUGGGAAAUUACAUCGUUGGGUGAGCAACCUUAUAUUGCCAAGACUGAUGAAGAAAUGAUAAAUUAUGUUCGUGCUGGAGGCAGGUUGCCGAUAGCUCUUAACUGUCCGUCACCAUUGUACCAGUUGAUGCUACGUUGCUGGAGUGCAGCGGAUGCUAGACCAAAUUUCAAAUUUUGUCUGGAAAAUAUUAUAGCAUUAAGAAAGAACAUAGAAGAUACUUUACUGAAUCCAGUUGAUACUAUUUAGCUGAUAUAAUUAAAUUAAUGUUUAUCUUCUUUUCCGAACGAUUCAAUAAAUCUUAAUGCAGGACAAAUAUUUCUAAAAUAUUUCUAAAUUG